AUGCCGGUCCAGGUCCCGGACGACUCGGACUUCUCCUCGUUCAAAGACCAGUGUCUGAGCGCGGACGGAUGGUCGAGCUGCUACAGUAAGGGGGGGGUAACGGUGUGGUGCCGAGAGGAGGAGAGCAGGACCGUCCAGAAACUCAAGAUGAGGAUCGUGUGUAAAGACGUGCCGGCAGAGACGCUGUACGACGUCCUCCAUGACACCAGCUACCGCAGGAAGUGGGACACCAACAUGAUCGACACGUAUGACAUCGGCAGACUGACCGUGAACGCAGACGUCGGAUAUUACUCCUGGAAAUGUCCGAGUCCUCUGAAGAACAGAGACUUUGUGACAAUGAGAUCUUGGCUUCCCCUGGGCAACGACUUCCUGAUCAUCAACUACUCUGUCAAACACCCGCAACACCCUCCUAAGAAGGACUACGUCCGCGCUGUGUCCCUGCUCACUGGAUACCUGAUCCAGUCCAAUGGAGCCAACUGCUCCACCCUGUACUACCUGACCCAGGUGGACCCCAGAGGGUCUCUACCAAAGUGGGUGGUGAACAGAGUCUCUCAGUUUGUGGCUCCAAAGGCGAUGAGGAAGAUCUACAAGGCGUCUCUGAAGUAUCCGGACUGGAAGAAGAAGCACAACCCGACCCUGAAGCCAUGGAUGUUUCCAGAGCAGAACACGCUGCCAUGCAUCAGCGCAUUGGAGCUGACGCUGCAGCGAGCCGACUCCCUGGAGAACAUCGACGAGAGUGGUGUGAGCGAGGAGAAGACGCACCACAGCGACGACGAAGACACUUAGACACGCAAACUGAUGUCUCUCUGCUUUAUGUUUGUGUGUGUUUGGAAAUUCACAAGAAAUUCACACUGAUCAGAACAGGACCAGACUGCACCUGAACUGGUUCUGAUCGUUG